UGGCCACUGCAGGCCCAGGGAGGGCCAUGAAGGUGCUGCUCUUCACAGGGCUCGGGGCCCUGUUCUUCGCCUAUUAUUGGGAUGACAACUUUGACCCAGACAGCCUCCAGGGAGCCCGUGUGCUCCUGACAGGGGCCAGUGCCGGCGUCGGUGAGGAGCUGGCUUAUCACUACGCCCGCCUGGGUGCCCGCCUGGUGCUCACCGGCCACACGGAGGUCCUUGUGCAGAAGGUGGUAGGGAACUGCCGGAAGCUGGGCGCCCCCAAGGUCUUCUACAUCGCGGCGGACAUGGCCUCCACUGAGGCGCCGGAGCGCGUGGUGCGGUUUGCGCUGGAGAUGCUGGGCGGGCUGGACUACCUUGUGCUGAACCACAUCGGCGCUACCCCGGCCGGCACGCGGGCCGGCACUCCGCAGGGGACGCGCUGGCUCAUACAGGUGAAUUUUCUGAGCUAUGUACAGCUGACUUCCUUGGCGCUGCCGAGCCUGACGGACAGCAAGGGCUCCCUGGUGGUGGUGUUCUCGCUGCUCGGCCGCGUGCCCGCCUCCUUCUCCGUCCCCUACUCAGCAGCCAAGUUCGCGCUGGAGAGUUUCUUCGGCUCCUUGCGGCGGGAACUGGACGUGCAGGACGUGAAUGUGGCAGUCACCAUGUGCAUCCUGGGGCUCCGGGAUCGCGCCUCGGCCGCCGAGGGAGUCAGGGGCGUCACGAGGGCCAGGGCGGCUCCGGAGCCCAAGGCGGCCUUGGCCGUGGUCCGCGGCGGCGCCACGCGCGCCUCCGGCGUCUUCUACCCGUGGCGCUUCCGCCUGCUGUGCCUGUUGCCGGGCUGGCUGCCGCGUCCGCGGGCCUGGUUCAUCCGCCAGGAGCUCAACGUCACGGCCGCAGCGGCUGCCUGAGCUCCCAAGCGUGGCGCUGCUCAUCUUCCCAGAGGGACUCUCCACCAAACCGCCCCUGGAACGGGGACACAGACGGCGACACCUUUGAGACAGCGGCCAGGGCCCAGGUA